AUGCUGGUCGCCCCAGAAACAAAAUUGGGCAGGAGGCAUGAGCAGGCGCUCUGCUGGGACCUAUGCGCGGCGUGCGACACAGAGUCUAGUUCUAAUGAAGAAUUUGGCACCGCACAACAUAACCCUGGUACACCAUCAACACACCUCAGUGUUGAAGAUGACAGGCCAAAAUUAUGUGAAGCUUGCCUUGCCUCACAAAACCCUGGCAUUCCAUCUAGCAUCGCUAGAAAGAUGUUGGAGCUUCUACCGGUCGAAAGCCAUCGUUCCCUGCAUUUGACAUGCAGAGCUUGGUCUCGAGCGGUUGGUAGCCUCAAUUUGUUGAAUCGCCCUGUAGCCAAUCUCAUUCCAGCCGAAAUUUUACUACAGGCCUUCGUCAUGUUGAGUCCUCGCGAUUUUGACAACGCUCGACGGACCUGCUCCCAAUGGAUGCGCAUCAGCUUGAACGAAGGCCUUCUGGCGAGUAUGCUAAAGAAGGCUGGCUGGUGGAACUCAUGGCUCCGCGACUGUCGGGAACAGUGUCCCAGGAAUAUUGACACCGGGGCGGAGAGUGUAGUGUGGAGAAUGAGCCGUCGUCUUGCUACGGAAUGCAUUCUAUCAGGCAGACAGAUGAACGCGGAGAGAACCGGGUUCGUGACAACCACUUUUGUUGACUUCUCCCAACUGUUGCAAUGGGGCUUUUCGAAGGAAUCUCUUAAUCCCCACUCGAACGAGAUGUCCAUGUCCAUGUUUCAUGCGAGCAACUGUGGCAACUACUUGAUGGCUACCUCUGCUAGCAGCAUUUGCAUAUAUUCUCUCCUCCCUAGAGGAUCUAGCGAGCUCAAGUCUUCUACCGCCGAAAGCCCUCAAAAAACCGAUAUUGUUCUUGUCGCAACUGUCGUGUGUCCUACCUGGAUAGUAUCGGCUACCAUAUACUCUAGCUCCUCGGAGUUGGUAAUGGCUGCAUCUUUAUCUGACAGGACAGGCUUCAUUUGUAACCUGGUUCCUUGCCACGACCGUUCUGAGCCGGCAAGUACCCGAUAUUUUGACGACCACAGAUUCUUGCCAAUGAAAGUUAUGUCCCAACACUGUUUUAAAAAUCUAGGUUCUGCCGGAGAUCCGUCGCGCAGUGUCUCCAUCUGUCCUGAUCGUCGGUGUGUGGGAUUCGGCUCUGAAGCUGGCGUCCAGCUUUACUGGUUUGACGAGAAAACCGAAGAAUACCGCGAAAGAAAAAUACCUUUGUCCCAGCCGUCCGAUGUACUGCAUUUUCUAUCUAGCAGACCCGAGGAUGCCCCUACUGAGCUGCGAUUGAUAUCUUCACUCGCAGGGCCCGGAGGCUCGGGAUUUGAAUUUCAUAGAGCAGGAAUCUACGAUAGUCACCAGGCCUGUCCGGAUCAUCGUGUGACAGAUAAAGAGUCAUUUGUUCGAUCAGCUCCGAACGCAAGUGUAAAUCUAAACGUGAUUAGGGCAACCCACUGUCACCACUAUCGUGCCGUUCCUCUCGAGGAUGGAUUUCACAUACUGUUCAUCGAGCCGCGCACGAAUUUGCUCUGCAUAGGACCGGAUGCACAGUUAGGAGGACCCCCAAGUCUCAUGAAAGCACUUGCUUGUAUUCCACCUUUGGAGGAAGGCUCUCUUGGCCCUGGAAAUGGAGGGGCAGUUCCUAAUGUUUUUGCGGCCGGUUCAGACCUGGACUGGGGCCUGCGAAUCGUCGCAGUCUACAAUAAUCAACUGGUGCUCUAUUCCGUGCCCUUAGAUGUCUAUAAUGUGAUCCGGCAAGAGCGCGAAGGCCCAAGCGACAGUGUCAUGGGCGAUAGCGACCUGGCCAGAGACUGGUUUAUCGAGAACCAAAUAUCGCCCAAGCGGGGUGAGAGUUUAGUUCAGGCCCAGAAUGGUGACUGGGACUUUCUACUCAGCACGAGCUACCGUCCAACAACUAUGAUGUGGCCAUUCAAGAUAUACGGCAAGGAAAUCGGACGGAUGGACGACGUGGUCGAAUUGGCUCUACAGACAUCACACGGAGGCGCUCGAGUCUGGGCAUUCAGCGCGUCUGGCAGAGCGCAAAUCAUUGAUGUCGACACCUUCACAUCAAGUGCCCGGCCAGCUGCAAGCAUCCCAUGCCAAUUACUAUCCAUCGGCCUUGAUGGCGAAGUCUCGUCCCCUGAAUUGAUUGAUCGGUCCGAACCCGUAUCACGAUCCACUCAAUAUCCACGAACGUGGGAACAUGACGGGUCAGGUGCAAGAUUCCGUGGGAAGCGCUUCGGUACUCAUCGAUUAUAUCAAGAUCUGCAUGAUAAAAAGGGCCCCGGGGAGUUCUCUCACCCGCCCCAGGCCGCGAACAAGCGAACUUCUUUUUCAGCAUGUAUUGUGGAUUUCAACAUCCCGGAAUCAAACGCGCAAGAUGAAUAUUGA